ACAGUAUAAAUAUAAAGUUAGAAUCAUUCCUUUACACAUUUGAUAUUGCAUUCAACUACAUUAGAAAAAUGAAAUCCAUUAUCAUUCAGUUGUGUGUUUUAAUGGGCAUGGUGACAAGCAAAGAAUUUUGCAGUUUGGAUGCAGAUUGUAAUAUAACUAAAUGUAAAGACAAUAUCACUGUACAAUGUCUGUACGGGAGCUGUAGCUGUGUUGAAAGUACUCCCCAUGCAUGUACCGGUUUGUUUGAUUGUUUAACAAACAUUUGUACAAAUGGCGGAAUUGGAACGUGUGUUGAAUCAAAGUGCAUUUGUGUACAUAAUCAAGCAUGUACCAGUGUUGAUGAAUGUUCGACCUUAUACUGUAAUACUGGAAGUGUAAAAAAAUGUAUUAAUUCAGAGUGUAUUUGUGUAAUCCAGUGACCGGAGUUAAAUAUCAGUUGUUGUCAGACAACAAAGAGUAGCGUACACUUUUUGAACUCUAGUGUAA